AAGUACCGGUGGUGGUGGUGUGUGCAAUGGACAGUCUGGCUGUUUUCGCGAGAACAGCCAAGGCUGUCGUAGGAAAUACUGGAAACUGAGUAGGCCUACUGGUUCAACCUAGUUUCGAAAUGUGUGUUUCUGUGAUUAAACCUGGUUGUUAGCUGGUAUGCCUUUAUCUUCUAGUUUAAGUAAACUGGGCUAAGUGAAUGGCAGCUCACCACUUUGUCUGAGGCCAUCGUUAACCCAGUGGUAAAGUUUAACUUCAUAGUAUUAGUUUGCUGCGACGAAACAACGUUGGAAGAAAGCUUAAGUUUAACGUUAUCAGGACAGUCGAGUGAACGUUAUCCUCGUAGCUUCUAGGUGGUAACGGGGGUCUUGGAUCUCUGAAUAUAAAUUGACAUGGCGGGCGUUACUCUCCAGAGCACGUCCCUGAGAGGCCUGGCAGAGGGGGACAUCUUGGACCCGGCUUUCCAGCAGCGCUUGGAGGAUGCUCGAGCACUGCUGCGGCAGGAGAUCCAGCGCGAGCUCAAGAUCAAGGAGGCUGCAGAGCGGCUACGGAGGGCCGUCAGCAACCGGAAGAGCGCUGCCGACGUGGAUGGCCAGUUACGUGCCUCCACACGCAAGCUGGAGCAGCUACACUGGGAGCUACAGGAGCUCAAUGCCCGAGCCAUGGCCACCGAGAAGGACAACAACCCCACCAGUGAUGCCAUAUCACCUGACCCUUGUCAAUGGGAGGAGAUCACAUCCCCACUUGCUGGUCGUAUCCAUGCCCUCCAGAAGCAGCUCACCAUUGAGACGAAGGUGAAGCAAGGAGCGGAGAACAUGAUCCAGACCUAUGCCAGCAGUUCAGUUAGAGACCGUAAGAUGUUGUCCACGGCCCAGCAGAUGCUGCAGGAUAGCCGCACCAAGAUCGAGCUGCUCCGCAUGCAGAUCAUCAAAGUCACCCAGGCACGAGAGGGGGAGCGCGAGGCCGCCGACCCAGAAGAGUCCCCUGUCAGUCCCCUGGAACUGCGGGUGGAGGAGCUCAGGCACCACCUGAAGAUCGAGGCGGCCGUGUCUGAGGGAGCCAAGAAUGUGGUCAAGCAACUAGGGGGACGCAAGGUGCAGGACCGACGAGCACUGGCUGAGGCACAGGCUCGUCUGCAGGAGUCGUCCCAGAAGCUGGAUCUGCUGCGUCUGUCUCUGGAGCGCCGUCUGGGCGAGCUGCCGCCGGACCACAGCAAGCGCACGGCCAUCAAAGAGGAGCUCACCCUGGGCGCCUCGCCUUCCGUGCAGAGAGACCGUGUGCACUCCACCGUCUCCUCUUCAUCCACAUCGUCAUCGUCUUCUUCUUCCUCGUCAUUCUUUAAGCCAGCGUCUCUGACGGGUCGUUUGGAGGUCAGGCUCAUGGGCUGUCAAGACCUGCUGGAGUCAGUGCCGGGCCGCUGUCGGGUCCCCAGCCUGGUGUCGUCCGCCAGCCCCUCGGAGGCAAAGUCCCUGAGGAUCCGCUCGGGCCUGUCUGGACGCAGCACCAACGGCAAGACCCUCAAGAGUGAUGAGCUCUCCACGGAGAUCAGUGCCAUGGUUAAGGUGGACAACAGGAUGGUGGGUCGCACACACUGGAGGCCACUCAGUAAGGAGUGCUGGGAUCAGAGCUUCAGCAUCGAGCUGGAACGGUCCCGUGAGCUGGAGAUUGCCGUGUACUGGCGGGACUGGCGCGCUCUGUGUGCCGUCAAAUUCCUGCGGCUGGAGGACUUCCUGGACAACCAGCGGCACGGCAUGUGUCUGUACCUGGAGCCGCAGGGUACCCUCUUCGCUGAGGUGACCUUCAUAAACCCUGUGAUUGAGCGCCACCCAAAGCUACAGCGACAGAAGCGGAUCUUCCCCAAGGAGAAGGGGAAGAACUUCCUGCGCGCGGCUCAGAUGAACAUCAACUUUGCCACCUGGGGCCGGCUGAUGAUGAGUGUGCUCCCGCCCUGCAGCGGCAACAUCACGGCCCUGAGUCCGCCGCUGUCUGGGCCCGACGUCACCUCACCGCCCUCCAACGGCAAGACUGCUGCCUCCACGCCACCCCAACUCGGGAACUCUGCCGUGGUCAAGCUGAAUUUCAGUGACGAGCGGCCGCCCAAACCACCACGCCUUCACGUGACCAAAACGCCAUCUGCAGACUCUCCAUCUCAGCUGAAUUCCAAAGUAAACUCCACAGAAGACAACCACCUAUCUCAAGUCAGACCUACACCUCAACCUGCUCCUAGGAAGAAGGUGGGAAUACAGAUAGAAGAUUUUAACUGCGUCUCAGUUCUCGGCCGGGGACACUUUGGAAAGGUCCUACUGGCAGAGUUUAAGAGGACAGGGAAGCUGUACGCCAUCAAAGCCCUUAAGAAGGGUGAUGUUGUAACCCGAGACGAGGUCGACAGUCUAAUGUGCGAGAAGCGGAUCUUUGAGACGAUCAACGUGUCGCGGCAUCCAUUCCUGGUGAACCUGCACGGCUGCUUCCAGACAAGUGACCACGUGUGCUUUGUGAUGGAGUACUCCCCUGGGGGAGACCUAAUGACUCACAUCCACACAAACAUCUUUACCGAGCGCCAGACCCGGUUCUAUACUGCCUGUGUGCUUCUUGGGCUGGAGUUCCUGCACCAGAACAAAAUUGUUUACCGGGACUUGAAGUUGGACAACCUGCUGAUGGAUGCAGAUGGCUUUGUGAGGAUUGCUGACUUUGGCCUGUGUAAAGAAGGUAUGGGUCAUGGUGACCGCACCUCCACCUUCUGUGGCACUCCGGAGUUCCUGGCCCCGGAGGUGCUGACGGAGAGCAACUACACACGGGCAGUCGACUGGUGGGGCCUGGGGGUGCUCGUCUACGAGAUGCUGGUGGGAGAGUCUCCAUUUCCAGGAGAUGACGAGGAGGAAGUGUUUGACAGCAUUGUGAACGAUGAUGUGCGCUACCCACGCUUUCUCUCUCCGGAGUCGGUGUCAAUAAUCCAGAAGCUGUUGCAGAAGAACCCAGAGAGGCGUCUGGGAGCUGGAGAGCAGGAUGCUCAGGAGGUGAAGGGACACCGCUUCUUCCAGGGUAUUGACUGGGAGGCUCUACUGGCCAAGAAGGUGAAGCCCCCAUUCCUGCCCUCCAUCAAGGGCUCGGCGGACGUCAGUAAUUUCGACGAGGAAUUCACACGCCUCAAGCCCGUCCUGACUCCACCCCAGACCCCCUUCCUCCUCACCACAGAGCAGCAGGACAUCUUCGCCGACUUCGACUUCUCGGCACUGCACUGAACGCUCUAACUGGACUAAUCGUCUCUCUCUCUCUCUCUCUGCCUCUUUCUCUCUUUGCGUCUUUCUCAGCUUCUCUCUCUCUCUCUCUCUCUCUCUCUCUCUCUCUCUCUCUCUCUCUCUCUCUCUCUCUCUGCAUCUUUCUCAGCUCCUCUCUCUCUCUCUCUCUGUCUCUGUUUGGCUAUGCAGCUUGAGUUGUCUCGCUGUCCCCCCUUUAAAGCCGGUGGCAAAGCUGUGCUUUGAGCUCCAGUCGGCCCCUGCUCCCCAGCCGCUCUCUCUUAACCCUCCUCCGUCCGCUACCAACACAGACUGAAGAGGAGGAGGAGAGAGGAGCCAGUGAAGCAUGGAUGCCUGCACUGUCUAGCUCUGUGUUGUGCUUGUGAAAACGACUGCCUGCUCCCACACCCCCUACCCCCACUCUCGAGUCCCGCCACUGUCUGCCCUGCCACCAGCAGCCAGGAGAGGGACCCCCAGCACUGUGAGUCGCCUACCGCUGAAUGCAUCUCUCACCUGCUUCUCAAGGCUCAGCACCGCUUCAGUCAGCCAGUCACUCUGUCUGUCUGUCUGUCUGUCUCUAUCUGUCUGGCUCUGUCGUCUCAAUGUCUGUGUUACAGCAGGUCAAGUCUAUGUUUAUUUAAGUCAGAGUUUUUUGUAUGUGUGAGUGUCUGCAUUUUCCAUUCCUGUCUGAGCAUUGGUUAUGUGCCGUUAAUUUGAUGAUUAGAAACAUUUUACUCGAUGAUAUGUUGUUUCUUUUUGGUCGUUCACUGUUGACCAUUUUGUUUUUAUACAAAACUGACAACCGAGAGGAACUCUACUGUGCAGCUGACCUAAAUGUCUUCCUCUAGCAAAAAUGAUGCCAGAUUGAUAUUUGCACUUUUUAAAACGGUGAACCUUCUUCAUUGGGUUGUGUUCACGCAAAUGAAGGACCAUUUGCUAAGCUUUAAGCAAUGAAUACAGUCUGCACUCCCUGCAGAAAUGAGCUGUGCUGUUUGACAGUACUGCCGUUGCCGGCAUCACUUAAAGAGCGAGGCAGUGAGUAAGUCAUUAUGAGAGUGCUAGCUGGUUAUUGUAGAGGGGUCUGGAGUCACGUGACCCGACCUCCCCAUGCUCCUCACUCCUGUGGUGCUCCAGGCUGCGCUGCGUGAGCGACUGACCUGAUUAUGGUUUAAGGCACGCAGUUCAGUCUGAUGAAUUUGACCUGACGUCUAAACAGAGACCGGCAGACAAGUUCUUUGCACUCUGAAAACACUACUGAAGCCUACAUUUGUACACUUGAGUUGGGUCAUGUUUGUGAGUUUGUUGUAGUUCUCGAAUCCAUACAGUCACUGGAUGGGUUUAGGACAAAAUGACUUUGUAAUGCUUAUCGAAGGCUACUGUCGGUGUUCAGUCUCUUGUGUUGUAUGUCUAUUUAAGUCUUUUGUGGCAUACUUCUUGAAGUAUAGAAAUCUUAUGAAAAGCCAGUGAUUUUUUUUUCUUUUUCUUUUUUUACCAGCCUUUAAGUCAUGCUUUGGGUAGAAAAUAUUAUGUUAAUGUUUAUUUAAGAUGGAUGGUGUGACCUGGGUUGAGUAUGGAAGGGUUUUAGUUCAAGCAGAAGAAGUGUACUAAACUCUAAGGAUGCUACAGUAUUCUAUGUGUCAUUCUAAUGUCUGUCUAGAUGUUGUAUGUACUAAGACCCUACGUGAUUUACUACUGAUGUGAGUCAUACUGUGAACACGUAAAAGCAUUAUUGUACUAAAAAUGAGACUUUGUCCUUUAUACAUUCAACAUAAUGAAAAUAUAAAUAAAUAUGUGAUUAUUGCAGA